UUAAACAGCUUGCAGCUGGACGACAGCGAACCCGUCCCGAGUCUUAUUUCCACAGCACCUGCGGAUCUACUAAAGCAAUCUGCGGAGCUGGCGCCGCUUCCCCCUCAGUUCCUUUUUUUUUACAAUCGCACAAUCCAGUUUUCUUUGUUGGAGUAAACCUAUAAAUCAAGUACUGCUCAAGCCUCAUGAUGGCUGAAUCUCAAUAACACGAGAUGAUAAUCGACGGUCAGAAGUGGGCUUGCGAGGCUUGCCUCCGCGGUCAUCGCGUAUCAACCUGCAAACACCAUGACCGACCGUUGAUUCGUAUAAACAAGAAAGGCCGUCCAUUUGCAGUCUGCUCUAUAUGCCGCAGCAGCCCCUGCAAGGAGCCAGAAGAGCAUUCGAGACUCCGUCGUGAAACCGAAAUGCAAUCAUCGAAAAAGGCAACGAGCAGGCAUCGUCCAGCCAGUACUACAUUCGUACCCAUUGCACCACGCCCUAAAAAUGCCUCAUCACCAACCGAGCAGACCCAGAAUGCCGGUAAUCCUAUAGCAGGCGGCGCUUCAUCGCAAGAUCAACCAGAAUCUAUCAACGCAGAUGAAAGUGCCCGCCAGAAUUUGACUACGAGUGGGACAACAGAACCGUUCCAGAUCGAUCCUCCGUCCGCACCUAUGCUCUCAGACAUGUCCACCUCGGCAUCAAGUCCUUUUCCUUCAGGGUAUCCUACCGACUCGCAGAUGUCGGGGGACUUUUCCUUUCCAGAUAAUGCAUUCGACUGUCUGGAAUAUGCGGAUCCUGAACGGGACGACUGGUCGAGCUUCCUAUGGACGGAGGAUGCAGAUAUGCUGUCUGAUCAGCAAAUGUGGGAAUGGCGAUAUCCUGAUCCUACUCAGGAUAGCUACAAUCACAGCAACGAUGGACAAUGAAUAUAGACUGGAAGGCGUAAUGUUUUCGAGGUGUUCGGGUCCACUUUUUGGAAAUGAA